AUGAUGUGGGUUUCCAGUGUAGUUACGGGGAUUCGGAAUAUUUUUAGCGGAAGCGAAUCGAAUGUGAGUUUUGAUUCCUAUAAUGCAGAGGCUAGUGAGAUAUCAACGCUACAAGUGUGUGGAGGAGUAAAGGCAGAAGUGUCUAAGCUGCUGAGUCCGUGCCUUCAGGUGUCCAGGAUUGACUUUUUUGACGGAAAUGUGCAUAUGAGCCAGAUGUUUGGAGCAUUGAGCUUGAAGAAUUCUUUAAUACAAUUUGGAAUGGACAAUGAGGGGAGCAUGCGACUUAGAGCAGUGCACACAAUCGGAGGAGUGAUUGGGAAGAUCCAUACCAUUGUGAGUGGAAGCCGAGAAGUGUUUAGCCAAGUACAGGUGGACAUGAGGAGCAAAGCAAGCAGUAUUGGGUUGAAGAUGAUAAGUCCAGCAUUAAAAGGAUCACAAUUGAUAUGCGUUGCAAAUGUACUGCAGCAGUUUGGAUCUGUGUGUGUUGGAAUGGAGAUGAUCAAGACAAACAAUGAGGUUGGCAUUUCAGCAUGUGGAAGAUACGAAAGCAAUAAAGGAAUCUUUUGUGUGGGACUGCAACAAUUUACAGCGCUAAGCAUGAGCUAUUAUCACAGAUUCAACAAAAUGUUUGAUGCAGGGGCUGAAGUGCACAUGCCUCGUGGUGAUCCGAUCAGUGGAGCAGUGGGAUGUAGGCUUGUGACGCCAAAGGCGCAAGUUAGAGCAAGUUUCAACAGCAAUAUGAUGUUAGGAAUUGCACUUGAGGAAAGAGUGAUUGAAGGACUCUCGUUGAAUGCAAAUCUACAGGUUGGAAAGUCAGGAUGCACUCAUGGAUUAGGGUUUUCAUUGGAGUUCUGA